CCGGGGCCAGCCCCGAGCCAGCCCCGGGCCAAGUCCGGCCCCAGCCGAAAGUUGUGGUGGAGGGCGGCGGGGCCCGGGCUCGGCGGCUUCUUAGCCUUUCCUUCGGGCCAGGGGCCAGGGGUGCGAGCCUGGGGGGCUAAAGCAAAGUGGCAACUUCUCCCGGGGAAGCUUCCAGCCCCGCCCACGCCCGGGUCCGAAACCGCCCGGGGGCCGGAUUUAUUUUGUGCGUUUAAAUUAUUCUUACAAUUAUCAUUCCUGCUGAUUCGAGAGACGGACCUUGGUCCUCCUGGCGGCGGCUGCUGCGGCCGGGUGACAAGAGCCGCCGCCACCUCCUCAUCCACCUCCUCCUCCUCCUCCUCCUCUCCCUCCCCCCCGUCCCUCCCUCGCUCUGUCUCUCCUUCUCUCUCUCCCCUGCCACAUUCCCUUCCUCCUUCCUUCUCCCAAGCACCAUGGAGUUCUCCGAGAGGAAAAGAAGCAGGAAAUCCCAAAGCUUCAAACUGGUGAACCAAGAUUAUCACCAUGAGAUAUAUAAGGUGUCUGACUUCAGCAAUGAUGUUAAUGGAGAGGCCAAAGAGACACAACCCAUUUUUUUAGGAGAUGAAAGCAUGGAAAUUAAAAAACAAAUUACAGGGAUGAGAAGAUUACUGAAUGACAGCACUGGAAGAAUCUAUCAGCGUGUUGGCAAAGAAGGAGAAAAACUAAAGGAAGAACCCCAGGAUUUAGACUUAGUCUGGGCUCAGAGUUUGAAUUCUUCCACUGAAGUCUCAGAGAGCCUCCAUCCUUCCCCCAGUGGUACAUGGAAUGAGUUACGAUCCCAAAUUGGCCAAUUCCCAGGGCAGUAUGGAACCCGAUCGAAAACUUUCCAGAGUCAGUCCAAAACUACUGGAGGAUCCAAUGGAGAACUUCCAGCAGUGAAUUCAUCAAUUGGAUCAAACUGCUGUACUUGUAACUGCCAGUCAACCUUGCAGGCCAUUCUUCAAGAACUCAAGACCAUGAGAAAAUUAAUGCAGAUUCAAGCAGUUGGAAGUCAAAACAGACAACAGCCCCCAAUUUCUCAUCUGUGCUCCCAGAGAACAGCUGUGUCCCGAAAAAGAAAUAAAAAGAAAAAAGUACUCCCAAAGAUUACUGAACCUCUUCCUUUGAAUAAGAAGCCCAGUGUAAUAGAGAAGGAAAAGACAGCAGUUACCUCUGAACAGUCUGUUCUCCAAAAAGCUGAACGCAUCCCAGUGGAGGAGAAUCACGUUUUAGGAUUUGGCAUUGUUCUUGAAUCACCAUCUUCAGAUCCAGAAGUGCAACUUGCUGAAGGCUUUGAUGUAUUUAUGCCUAAAUCUCAACUGGACUCCAUAUUGUCAAACUACACUCGCUCAGGAAGUCUUCUCUUUAGAAAAUUGGUGUGUGCAUUUUUUGAUGACAAGACUUUGGCAAACUCCUUGCCCAAUGGAAAGAGGAAAAGAGGACUCAAUGACAACCGGAAAGGACUAGACCAAAAUAUUGUGGGUGCAAUAAAAGUCUUCACGGAAAAAUACUGCACUGCUAACCAUGUGGAUAAACUUCCUGGCCCAAGAGACUGGGUACAGAUUCUACAGGAUCAAAUUAAACUGGCCAGAAGAAGGUUAAAAAGAGGUUCAGCAGAGGUAGCUGACUGUGAUGAAAAACUGGACAGCAUUUCUGUACCACCAACAGGUAAUAUUUUUGAAACCAGGACAGAGAAGAUGGAAGACAUAGAACCAGAUUUCACUGCCUAGACUUUCAUUUCUGUGGCGUUUCAUUAGCAAAUGUAACUCUUUGUUUGGAGAUUUCUCUAAGAUCUGUGUAGGCAUUUCAGGUUACCGCGCCAUGUGGAUGUUCUAUAAAGUUUUACCUUCAAGUCUGAAUUGUUUUCACGUGUUUUCUCUGUACAUGGACAAUCAAGCCAUUAAAUUGUUUCAAGAUCCUUCAUCAUCUUUAGAAUUGAUUUGUUACUCUUGGAAAGUCCCAUAUAUUAUCCAGUUAGUUUGGUAUCCAUUGUAACACAAAGCAGUUCUCUCUCUCUUUCUCUUUUUUUCCUUCAUCUCCUCCAUGGGAUUGUGCACAGUGUAAUGCUGCAUAUUUAUUUUAACUUAAGUUAUGUAGAUAUAGAAUACAGAUAAAGAAGACUGGCAAUUCUCCUACACUGAGAGCACCCUGCUGAAAGCCAAAAUAAACUUGACCUCCAUUGGCUUAGAAGAUAAAGUUUUCUUUUAGGGGACAGGAUAGCUCUUAUCUGUUAGAACCAAGAUAGCUCUGUUAUCAGUGGAACUAAAGUGAGACUUUGGAACAGAUUAAGUGCUAAUGAUAUCUCUGUUCUUGGAAACCAGAAAUCUUUUGAGCAAUAGCAAGUAUUUGUGAGAUCUAGGAUCUCUCUACAUGAUGGAAAGGUAGCUGAUUGGAAAUUGAAAUUUUAGUCAAUCUUUAUAAUUAGCUUUCCAAAAAACCAGCACACAACAAUUUCAUAGACCAUUUUAAAACUGCAUUGCACGAAUCAGAUAUUUGGACAUCAUGUGGACUCCACCUUAGCCACAAAGGCACUUAGUGAAAUAUUCUGUGUUUUAUUUGAUUUUUAGCAUUGUUAUGCAGCCAGUUUAAGCAAACUCAAAAUAUUAAAAUCUGGGUUUAUAGAAAAAUAUAAAUUGGCAGAUGGUUAUUCACUUUACAAAAGUAUUUAUCACAGGAUUUCUUGAGAUAGCAUGCUAAUGCAUUUUAAACAGAUUUGACUCACAAUGAGCUUAUUUAUUUAUACAUAACUUUUUAGAAACACAUCUAUUACAUAAAGCAAAAUAAAAUUGGAAUUAAGUGCCACUUUUGGCACUUUGGCAGAUCAAUUAGAAGGGCUAAAAAUUAACCUUAAUUUUUAAGAUGUGGACCCUCCACUUCAACAAUAGCUCUGUUGACAAUCUAAUAUCUUUCCCAACAUUUGUUUCAUAGAAUCAUAGAAUGUUCAACAAACAUUUAUUAAGCACCCAUUAUGUGAUAGGAACUGUGCUGGAGAUGCAAAAGCAAAAAGGAGACAGCCUCCAACUUCAAGGAGCUUACCAGUGCUAAACUGGAAAGAACCAUAGGCAUCAUCUAGUCUGAGCCCUUCUCCUUCUGAGUCAUUGAACUGAAGCCAGAGAGGCUAAGUGAUUUGUAGCUGGUCACAUAACUAAUUAGUGGCGGAGCCCAAUUAGCACCCAGGUCUCCUGACUCCUGUUCCAUUGUGCUUUCUACUAGGCCACACUGCAAAAUUAAAGUGAGAUAAAAGGAGAACUCAUAGAUAAACUGCUAUUCCAUUUUGAUCAUCAGCCAGUGAACUAAUGUGAGUACUGAGUGUAACUAUGGAGUAAUGAGACUGGUUUUUCCUGUAUAGCUUAUGGAAUCAAUCUUACUACUUUACAGUCACACUUUGAAUGUUUGUGGGAGGGACUUUGGUAGGAUGAGAUGAUCCAGAGAAGCUGUUUUUGAUACACCUUUUAGUUUUCCUUCUUUUUUUUUUAAACAGUCUAAUUGAAGAGCUAGAAACAAGGGCUUUUGUUUUUCUGCAACACAUAUUCUGAAAAUUUGUCUUCUGCCUCUCAGAAGGAAAUAGUUAUCAAUGGAAUCUAAAAGAUAAAUUGGUGACCUUUCAACUCCAUUAAAAUAUAAUGAAUAUGUUGCCAGUGAAGGUGAAAAUGGUUGCUUUUGAACCAUGGAAUCUGUUAAAUGUGUACCAUGAACCUUCCAAACUAUUUCCUUCUGAGGCUCAAGUAAUCAUUUGUACUAUGGCUUGGAAUUUUCAGCACUUGGGGAGGGGUGGGGGUUGUUGUAACCCAAAAAUAAUUGCAAUGAAUCCACAAAUUGGAGUUACAUAUUGCAAAACUGCAACAGUGAAAUAAUGUUUUGUAAAUUUAAAUUGUUUUUGUGUUUACCUACUGUGACUACUGUUCAGACUUUAUUCAGAAAUCUUUUAUAGGCUUUAUUAGCAAAGAAAAAUCAUUCCGUAUCUAUGGCUGAUGUCUCAAUCUUAUGUACAUAUGUUUUAUUAAUAUGUAAAUAUUUAGAUAUUUUUAAAUUACAAUGUUCUUUAAAACAAAUUCAACAAAGGACUAGUUGUGAAAAUGGUGUAUAACAUUGUGUUGUGAUAUCAAUUCCUGAGAAGCUCCUUAUGUCCGUUCUGAAA